AUGUUUAAUAGAACCAGCAUUUCGCUGUUUAGGCUCGUAUGGAAGAAUUCAAAAACGAAAUUCUCUACGCAAUCUCUGUUCCCUAGCGCUCGAACAACAUGGACGGAGCAACUCGAAUUCACCGGCAAGCACUCGUACGAACCCAUACCGGUAUACAGGGUGUUGGACCGACUAGGAGACGUUAUUAAACCCGAAGACGACCCCAACCUACCCUCGGACGUUCUCAUUAAAAUGUACAAAGACAUGACCAUCCUCGGCAUAAUGGACAAAGUUCUAUACGAAGCCCAACGACAAGGUAGAAUCUCCUUCUACAUGACGAACACGGGCGAGGAGGCCUCUCACGUGGGUAGCGCCGCAGCCCUCGACCCCAGCGACGUGGUAUACAGCCAAUACAGAGAAGCCGGGGUGCUGUUGUGGAGGGGCUUCGCCCUCCAGCAAUUCAUCGACCAAUGCUACGGCAACAGGGACGACAACGAACGGGGCAAAAACAUGCCGGUGCAUUACGGCUGCGACGCGUUGAACUUCAUCAGCAUAUCCAGCCCGUUGGGCACCCAACUACCCCAAGCAGUGGGUUCAGCUUACGCUUUGAAAGGCAAGAACCGGAUCGUUGUUUGUUACUUCGGCGACGGCGCGGCUUCGGAAGGGGACGCCCACGCAGCCCUAAACUUCGCGAGCACCCUAAACUGCCCCAUAAUAUUUUUCUGCAGGAACAACGGCUACGCGAUUUCCACUCCCGUGAGCGAGCAAUACGGCGGAGAUGGCAUAGCAGCCAGAGGGCCCGGUUACGGUAUAAACACGAUUAGAGUGGACGGUAACGACGCUUUGGCUGUUUACAACGCCACCAAGAAAUCCAGAGAUUACGCCCUGAGCGAGAACAAACCCGUUUUAAUCGAAGCGAUGACUUAUAGAAUAGGAGAUCACUCGACGUCCGAUGAUAGUACUGCGUACAGAUCCAAGGAGGAGAUACGGCAAUGGAGCACCAACGAUGAUCCGGUGGCUAAAUUGAGGUACUAUAUCACGAGUAAAGGUAUAUGGAAUGAUGAGAAAAACAAAGAGUGGCUGGAGGAAGCUAAAAAGGAAUUUAUGGUGGCGUUUAAAGCGGGAGAAAAGAAACAUAAGCCGCAUUGGGAGAUUUUGUUUGAGGACGUUUACAAAUUUACACCGGAACAUUUAGAGAAGCAAAUGGCGUAUAUGAAGCAGCACGUGGAGAAAUUCAAAAACCAUUAUCCUGUGAACGAGUUCGAUGGGAAAUGA